UGGCGCAGUUUGCAGUUGUAAAGAAGAAGAGUGGACAAAGUAGGGCUUAGAAUUUCAUUGCGCUAUGGUUUCCGCGAAUUCCUGUGAAAAUAAAGACGAAAAAUAAAUAAUUAAAAAAUAAUACCCAGAUCGUUGUAAAAUGUAAAAAAUGUAACCGAUGAAAACCAGACUAAAAACAAAUAAUAGACAUGAAUCGAUCUACCCAUGGCAGCAUUCGGUCCUCGGCUUCAACGGUAUGCAGUAGCAAAUCAUUCCAAAGCAGAAUGGAUAAAGUUUCGGAAAGACUAUAUGACAUUGUGAAAAGCGGAUCGAUGGUGAAACGAGCGCAGAAUAAGAAACGCUUUACCCCCGUCAACUACAAACAACGCUGGUUCGAGCUCACCAAGAAGUCAUUAUCAUAUUUCGAUAUGGAAAACGUUGAACGACGUCGUGAACGUGGACGAGUUCCUGUUAAAGGUGUGCGCUUGGUUGAAUCUGCUGUUGUUAGUGGUGAGGGGGGGGAUCCAUUUGCUCCAAGUGGAUAUCCGUUUCAAGUUGGAUACUGUGAAUCCUCCAAUGAUCAAUCGCAUUCUGGGCGUUCUGUGCCGCAAUAUAUUCUAUAUUUAUUGGCGAACAGUGAGAAGGAGCGUGAUGAUUGGAUACGUGCCAUAAGACAAGUUUGCGAAGAAACGAACACACCAAAGUCAUAUCGCUUCCAUCCUGGCCUGUGGACCGGAAAACGGUGGUCCUGCUGUAAAGGCAUCAGUCGAGCAACGUUCGGCUGUCAGGCCGCGACGCACUGGCUUGAAGCAAAUAAUAAUCCAAGCACUGGAAGUUCUCCUGCCCAGAAUUCGACUCGUAGCAUCAGUCCAAACAACUCCACCUCAACCAGUCAAUUCAACUUGCAUCACAACAGCUCUGGAAGUUUGGGCAGCUCUACGCCCACAUCUGUACCCAUACAACCUUCUGUUACUACAUUUAAGCAAUCACCAAAUAUUUUGAACAGCAGCACUACAUUGUUGGACAACACCAUGCCGGGGGGUAUUCCAACGCCGGGUACUCCAAAUUCUAAGGCUAAGGAUAACUCCCACUUCGUCAAGGUUGUUGUGGCUCUCUACCCAUUCAAGGCCAUUGAAGGUGGUGAUUUAUCACUUGAAAAGAAUGCUGAAUAUGAAGUGAUUGACGAUUCGCAAGAGCACUGGUGGAAGGUGAAAGACGCCUUGGGCAAUGUGGGUUACAUACCUAGUAACUACGUCAAGCCCAAAGCUUUACUGGGCCUGGAGCGUUAUGAAUGGUAUGUUGGUGACAUGUCACGCCAGCGCGCUGAAUCGCUUUUGAAACAAGGUGACAAGGAGGGGUGCUUUGUUGUGCGAAAGUCCUCCACUAAAGGUUUAUACACGUUGUCCUUACAUACCAAAGUUCCGCAAUCUCAUGUAAAGCAUUACCACAUCAAGCAAAAUGCGAGAGGGGAAUACUACUUGAGUGAGAAGCAUUGUUGCGAGACGAUACCCGACCUAAUCAACUACCAUAGGCAUAACUCGGGAGGAUUAGCGUGCCGUUUAAAAUCAUCGCCUUGUGACAGACCAGUUCCACCAACGGCAGGAUUGUCGCAUGAUAAAUGGGAAAUUCACCCAAUGGAGUUGAUGCUGAUGGAGGAGCUGGGUUCGGGCCAGUUUGGUGUGGUACGGCGCGGAAAAUGGCGUGGUUCUAUUGACACUGCCGUUAAGAUGAUGAAAGAGGGCACCAUGUCCGAGGACGAUUUCAUUGAGGAAGCCAAAGUGAUGACCAAAUUGCAACAUCCCAACCUUGUGCAGUUGUACGGUGUUUGCUCGAAGCAUCGUCCGAUAUAUAUUGUCACCGAGUAUAUGAAACAUGGAUCGCUGUUGAAUUAUUUGCGCCGACAUGAGACCACAUUGAUCGGCAACAUGGGCUUGUUGUUGGAUAUGUGCAUACAGGUCAGCAAAGGCAUGGCUUACUUGGAACGCCACAACUACAUUCAUCGUGAUCUGGCCGCACGCAACUGCCUGGUCGGCUCUGAAAAUGUGGUGAAGGUAGCAGAUUUCGGUUUGGCCCGCUACGUUUUGGACGAUCAGUAUACAAGCUCUGGCGGCACCAAGUUUCCUAUCAAAUGGGCACCUCCAGAAGUAUUGAACUACACACGCUUUUCUUCCAAAAGUGAUGUCUGGGCAUACGGGGUAUUGAUGUGGGAAGUGUUUACGUGUGGCAAAAUGCCUUAUGGCCGUCUCAAGAAUACCGAAGUCGUGGAACGAGUCCAACGCGGUAUUAUACUAGAAAAACCAAAGUCAUGUGCAAAGGAAAUAUACGAUGUUAUGAAGAAAUGCUGGUCGCAUGGUCCAGAAGAGCGUCCCUCAUUCCGCAUUCUCAAAGAGCAGCUGGCACUCGUCGCUCAAACACUAACCGACUAAAUUGCAACUGAGUUUCUCGACGCGGCAUUCCGUGAUUGCCGAAUCACGUACUGAGUUAAUUUAUAUGGAUAUUAGCAAUGAAAUCUAUGAGUGAAACGCAACGGAAGAUAGAUAAAUCAUUAAGAAAACUAACCUAGAAAUUAAAUAGUUCAAGGAAAGCGAUAAGUAAGAAGAAUAAAGUCGGUUCUACGUUACCGAAACGACCCGGAUUUAUAUCCGGCCAAGGACUGUCACUCCAGCAGCAUUCCCCGUAUGUAAGUUUGGGGAAUGUUUAUGCUGCUACAACAACAAGAAUAAAGUACUGUGCAAGGGAAGUUUUUUUUCUUUAGAAAAAGGAAAUGCGAAAUAUCAUUCAAAUUUACCAAGUAGUCAAUACUUUUGUUAGAAACUAAACUGUAAACGCGCGUAGAAAAUAUAAAACAAGUCAAAUAAGCUAAAUACUUUAAAUGUUUGUAAUAACGAAGCUUUUUCAAAGUGCGAAAUGCAAACGUAUUCAAAAAACAAAAAAAAAAGGACCAAAACAAAGAAAAACAGAAACAAAAAGCUGUAAAAAUGACUAAAUCAUAAAUGCUUACAUACAUAAAUGCAUCCUAAACUGUCUGUAGUUGUCUCAACUAGCCAGCCACGUUAAUUAAGAAUAACAAACAGUUGAUCGUAAGGAGUUUGUCAACUAUUUUUUAAUAUGAAGUAAUGUUUUGUAUGCUUUUUUAUUGUGCUUUUUACUUUUAUACAUACAAAAAAUGUACGAAUGCAUACAAAAACUGAAUUUAGAUAUACACAUUCGAAUAUUGAAACUGAUUAAUUAUAACACCUAUGGAUAAUCUAUAUGUAAGUGAAGACGCCAUGUAAAUCGUGAAAGCUAAGUUCACAUUAAAGAAUUUAAGUAAUGUUUCAUAUUUUUACAUGCAUAAGCUGCGGCGAGUUGCAUAAGAAAAGCAAAAGUAUGAGUAAUAAUUAGACUUAAAGAUCAAACUACAUACAUAAAUACAUAAGUAAUGAUUUUAUAAAUUUUUUGCUGAUGCGAAAUGUUGCUUGUUCCCUUCAUUCAGAGAAACUCUCACCGCUCAAAUAUUUGAAUUUCGGUUUACAUAUUUACAUGUAAACACGUAUGUAUGUAUAUAGAGCAAACAUAUUUACAUACAAUAGAUCAAAUGGCAUUGAGUACGCAUAGUAAUUAUGGAUUAAUAUACAUUUUUUUGUGAUUUACGUUUAAUUUAUCCUGAUAAAAGUGAGACAUGGUUGCACUUUGUGCGUAUGACCGACGCAACGCUUGUAUUAUUGACUUAUACGUAUACAUAUAUAAGCAAAUAUUUAUACAUAUAUGUAUGUAGGUGCACUUUGCGAUUAUUCAAGUUUUAUUUGAUAAAUAUAUUAAAAAUAAAAUUAUUGUUUGCAUCAUUUUUUGGAUUUACAAUUGCAUACAUACAUACUUCGGUAUUCAUAUACAAACAAACAUGCAUACAAAGUACAUACAUACACUUGUACGACACGCAAUAUCUAUGCAUUGGUUUUUUUUAAUUUUUAUUAUUAUUCGCAUUGUCAAUGUUUUAGUUUUAUUUAAAUAUUUUGUAAGUUGUAUUGAAAAAACGAAUAAAAAUCUACAUAAACGUUUUUUA